ACACUCUUCUCAUUACCAACUCUGUUUCUUUAUUGCAGAGCGAAAGAGCAUUCACCAGUUUCAGCAACUUGGUUUAGUUCUCCUCGAGCGCCAUGGGGUUAGAAGCGAAGCACCUUGCUGUUCCCCACCCUUACUGGCCUCGAAACUUGGAGCUCCAGCACUACAUCCCCAAUGACCGCCCCAUGUGGCAGAUAUUGACUUUCCUCUUCUCUGUCUCUGGGCUCCUGCUGAUAGUAACUUGGCUCAUAGCAAGAUGGCAGAACAGGACAGCUGCACCGUUUGGAACCUGGCGCUCCUUGGCUAUCUGCUGGUUUGCUGUCUGUGGCUUUAUUCAUGGUGUCAUUGAAGGCUGGUUCAGCCUGUACCACAAGGAAAUCGCAGGGGACCAGUCUUUUCUUUCACAGCUCUGGAAGGAAUACGCCAAAGGUGACAGCAGAUACGUCAUAUCAGACAGUUUCACAGUUUGUGUGGAGACCAUCACAGCCUUCGCCUGGGGCCCCCUCUCCAUCUGGACUGUGAUAGCUUUUCUUUCAGACCAGCCCCAUCGGUUUGUGCUGCAGCUGAUUGUGUCGCUGGGCCAACUCUAUGGAGAUGUUCUGUACUUUUCUACCGAGUAUUUCGAGGGCUUCAGUCACAGUGAGAUAGGGCACCCGAUAUACUUCUGGUUUUAUUUUGUUUUCAUGAACGCUUUGUGGAUCAUCAUUCCUUCCAUCCUCAUCCUGGAUGCUUGGAAGCACCUCAGCGCUUGCCAGAAGAUAACGGAUGCUGGCAAAUUCAAGAAGCACUGACCUCUUGCAUAGUGGAUCAUCAUGAACACAUAUGCCAUUGGAGAAGCACUGGAAUAAUUCAGGGAUUGGUUGGCUACUUUCUGGUGCCUUGUCUAGGUUUAUUUCGUCCACCGCCCCCAUCAACUAGGGACAUUCUCCAAGUAUCCACCAAUUACCCCUCCUUGGGAUUAAGUGGAAUGGCCUUCUGUAUCUAUUUUACAGCUGCUGGAAUAUGCUCUGUCCUGCAGCUCCUUCCAGAAGAGACUUCUAUCAAAGACCCCUGGAACUGAGAGCUGGAGCAAGGCAGGGAGAGUGUCUUGAGGGGAAGCCCUAUUGCAUUUGGUAGGUUUUACUUCUGAGCAAAUGGGUUGCAGGUCCCAUUACGGAUAGCCUCCAUCAUGCAAUUCUGUAUUAGACUAAGCAGAGCAGUGCUAUGAAGACUUAAUAUAGGGCUCUGUGUGACUGCUAGACCCUGGGGUUAGGGUUAUAUCUCAAGCUAAAUGAGGCUGCAGAGUAGAAGCAUCCAGUUGUUUUAAUUUCUGUUUGGGAUGCUUGUGUAUCUAGUUGUGAAGGUAGCACAAAAUCCACCAUUAAUAAUAUUAUGCUGAUUUCACAUCUAGAUCUCUUCUUAAGAGGGGACCUUUCUCCUGCUUUUGAAACAAGUUUCUUUUCUGUAAACUAU